UAAGGUCAAGGACGUGUCCUCAAAAUUCAUAAUAAAUAUCUUGCUCCGUUGUUUUGUGAAUUCUAGGUUAUUUAUCGAAGAUUUAGAGGCAUAAUAACAUGUUAGACGAUAGAAAUAUUAUACUUUGAUUAAAGAUCUAGUACCUCAACAUAAGAAUGGAACGAAAUACUAGCUCCAUACAGAAUAAUGAAGAAACACCGCUGCUGACAAGUACACUGAUGUCUACUACUCCUAAAGUGUACAAACGACGCUGGUACAUUCUUGCAGUAUUCUCAGGUCUCACUCUCAUUCAGGCAGGUGUGUGGAACUCCUGGGGACCUAUAGCAGAUACAUCAUCAUUUGUGUAUGGUUGGAAACACUCAGAUAUUGCCUUGCUUCUAAAUUGGGGACCUAUUGGAUUCUUUAUAGCAGCCGUUCCUAGCUUCUGGCUAUUAGAUGUGGCAGGUUUACGCUGGUCUGCUGUACUGGGGUCAAUAUUUGUGUGCUUAGGUACUGGAAUCAGAUGUCUGGCAUUAGACCUCCGACCAAUGCAACCAUGGUUGAUCCAUGUUGGGCAAGCAUUGAAUGCAUUAGCAGGUCCAUUGUUAUUUGCUGGCCCAGUUGUUGUCUCAGCCGUUUGGUUUCCAAUUCAUGAACAGACCAGGGCUGUUGCUAUAGGAACCACAGCUGGUACUGUUGGCAUGGCAAUGUCAUUUAUUUUAGGUCCUUUGCUGGUCAGAGACAUAGCUGUAUGCAAUCAAACCAGUAUUCCCAAACACCAGAGCCUUGGUGCAAUAUACAGAGACCCUCAGUAUGACUUUAUAGACAAUUCCACAUCACCUGUGUGUCCCAUUGUGAAUCGUACAGAUUUGACUGGAGCACGCAAAGAUAUACAGAAACUCAUGUACAUAGAAUGGUGUUACAGUGGAGUUCUCCUGCUGUUAGCUUUACUGUACUUCCCCAAACAACCCCCCACCCCACCAAGCAUAGCAGCAGGCACUCAGAGGACCAACUUCACACAAGGCUUGAAAGCCAUAGUCAAGAACAAGAAGUUCUGGCUGAUUGCAUUACCAUAUGGACUGCCCAUGGGCUUCUAUGGUGUAUGGUCCAACUUUAUAGAUGCAAUAUUAGAACCCCUUAAUAUACAGCAGGAAGAAGCUGGCUGGAUUGGUUUCUGGGCGAUCGUUGGUGGAUCUGUCACAUCUCUUAUUGUAGGAAGUUUGCUGGACUACUUCAAACACAGGCUGAAACAUGUGACUGUGGGUAUAUACAUUGGGGCCUUAGUUAGCACUGUUUGGCUCAUACUGAUCUGUAGGGAGGUUCUGCCAUUCUCAAAAGUGUGCCUGUACAUAGCCGCAAUACUUAGUGGGGGUCUUGUUAAUACCCCUCCCCCACUGCUGUAUGAGUUGGCCUGCCAGAAUAGCUACCCAAUUGGGGAAGGGGUCACUAGUGGUAUGAUGGCUAUAGUCUAUAACAUUGCCGCAAUGACUUUCCUUUUAAUUAUGAUGGUACCUUCCAUGGAUACAAGUUGGUUGAAUUUCGGCUUGUUAGGAUGUGUAUGCCUGGCUGUACCUCUUUUACUUAUUCUGAGGGAGUCUUUUAACAGGCUAGAUCUGGAUGAGAGAGCUCCUGGGACACCUAAAUCUGGCAAAUCUGGGCCCCUUGUACCCACUGUGUAACCAGAAACCCGAAAAGAUAUUCAACACAUAUUGAGUAAUGUAAAACACAAAGUAAAGCAAAUGCUUGCCAUAUGAUAACAUAUCGAAGUAUUGACGAAUGCUGGAGAAUAAGCCUGAGUAGACUUAUUGAAAGACAAAUCAGUGCUCAACUAUUUACCUCAUUUAUAAGAAAUAGUUUAUGAGGAGAGAAAUAUCCACCUUUAAAAAAACUAUUUUUAUGUGAGGUGGCACGAGAUAUUCACAUUUUAGGAGUAGUUCAUAUUGAGUGGAUAUCCAAUUGUGCUCCUAAAAUAUAAGAAAUUGUUAAGACUAUUAAGAAAUUCAAUUACUUAAAAGAAAUACAUGUGGUUGGUGAAGUGGAUAUCCACUUCAAAAAUAUUGUUCUUAUUUAUAUAGUCAUAGUUAUAUUGGGUGGAUAAUGGAUAUCCACUUCUUAGAAUUGUUUAUGAGGGAAUAUCUACAUGUAAAAUAUUGUUAUGUGUGUCAGAAAUCCGCAAAAAUAGUUUGUUGAGAGGAUAUCUAAUUCCAAAAAUAGAGUCUUUAUGUUUAUUUGUGGUAAGUAUUCAUGUCCAUACUUAACAGAGAGUGGAUAUGAAAUAUAAAUAAGGAAGUAAGAAUUCUCUUCAGACCGCAGGAGGAUAAAAAUCAUAUUUUAAUAAAACAUCACAUUUUACGAUUGUCAGCACCUUUUAUUUAAAACUAUUUUAUCCCAUUUAUAUAUUAUUUUUAGCACAAUUUCUGUUUUAUGUAUUUUAUUUACAUGAUCAGUUAUUGUUAAAGAUCUUUUAUUUCAUUUUGUACGUGUAUAUUUUAUUAAUUCAAUCUGUUUUGAAUUUUUCUCUGUUAGCAGGAACUCAAGAUCCAGAGUUUCUCAUAAUGGUACCCUACUUGGUGCAAUUUUGAAAAUCUUCAAAUUAAAGCCCAUGGGUAUUUAAUUCAAGUUCAUUUAGCAAAUGACCUUGAUUUUGUUUGAAUUUUGGUUAUAUGCAAUAUAUUAUGCAUACAAAUAUAUUAAGUAUGCACCAUCUUCCCUAGAAGUAGAAACAUAUCUUGGAUUCUUGCUAUGGAGGAUUGUAUGUCAAUCAAAAACAAAAACAACCUCAAGGGGUUCUCAGGGUACAUGCAGCUUUGGAAUAAAUAUAAUUACCUAGAGUUCAAUGUUUAUGUUGUUGUUUCCUGAUGUUGUGAAAAAACAACAGGAUCCUUGUCACAAGGCUAAUUAGUC